AAGUAUAUAUUCAAUUGCAAUGAACUAAACAUCAAUGUUAUUUCAAUAAAACAUUUGAAACGGUGACAUCAUGAAGAUUCUAACGAGUUUAGCGGUUAUAUCGCUGGCGGGCCUCGUUUUCAGCGCCCCAACUAAUGACGAUAACGAUGAUAAAAAAUUAAUUAUAACUAAGAAAAUGUUUAAGGAAGAAUAUGUUAAAUACACAGGAUCGCAUGAAAUCGUAAGCAUAUUAUUUCCCUUAAACGGCGUUAACUUAGAUGAAGAUGACUCAUCUGAAUCCGACUCUCACUCAAAUGAAUCUGAUUCCGAUAACAACAUUCUGUUCUUCGUUGAAGCUGACAUAGGUUCGGAUGGCAAAUAUGUUGACCAAGGCCUAUAUGUGUUGAAGAAAGGAAAUGCGACCAAAAUCUUAAAUCACGGUAGAGACGCAGCUGCCGCCAGUGACAACAGCACAGAAGUCUUCUUCGGAGCCGCUGACGGUAUUUACACUUACAAUAAAGAAAAGAACACUGCCGAAAAAUACGGUACAAUUGACGACAGUAUAAUUGGUAUCGUUAAAGAAUUAGGCAGUGAUGUCAUCUACAUCCUGACUGAGAAUCACGAAGUGUACAAAGUAUCAAACAAAGGUACGAAUAAAGAGAAAUUAGAUGACAUAGUUAACGCAAAACAAAUUGUUCUGGACCGUUCCAACAAUUUAUACUUCUACUCCGAUGAUAAAAAACCGUUCUCCCGUACACAUGACGGUAUUAAAAAAAUUGAAGGUCUUCCGGAAAAUCUCAGCUCUCAAAGCAGCGUGACUCUCGUCAAACCACCUUUCAUACUAGAAGAUGGAGUUGUAUUCGUUGUUGAAAACAACGUUUACAUUAUAUACGCUAACGGAACGAGUGAAGAGGCAGGAUAUGAGUUCAAACCUACGGCUAUGCCUUCAGCGUGUUCUAUAGAAGGAGUUCUAAUACAAUAUUACGCUUUAGAUAAAAAAAUCUACGAAUUCAACGUUGUGGCCAUGCUUAUCGGUGAAAUCGUCGACGAGUUAAAAGAAUUCUUAAAUGACAUGUCUGAAGAAAUAAAUUCAAUUUCAAAGCAAUCACGUUUCAGUCACCAUCAAAAGGCUUAACUUCUAUUUGUGAAUAGCUUAUUACAAUAUUCUUAAUAUAUUUUAUGUAGCUAAAGACUUUUACAUUACAUUUCUUUAUUUUUCAUCAUGACAUCUAAACUAGGCCUGUAUCUUAGUUGUCAGUCUCUUUCAUUGCAUAUUUAAACCAAAAAUUUACAUUGCACGCUCAUGACAAGUACACUAUUAAUAAUAAUAUGUAAACAAAUUACAAUAAUUAAUGCGAGGGUAGAGUAACAAUUGCAUUGUGUUCAACCGAAAUGCAUAGUUCGACCACGACAACUAUGAACUUAAGCACGUUUUUAUAUAUUAUUUAUUUCAAUUAAUCUUUUUAGAUAUAGUUACUAUUUCUUACAGAUCUUCCGUUUAUAUUUAAAUAUUAUACAUACCAUUGUUUAUAAAUGUUCAUAUUAAAACAGUUUAAAUUGUU